GGAGCGCGGCAGCGCUCGUAGGAGCACCCAGAGCUCGGCUGUCGGGAUGCGGCCGCGGAGGGGAGGGGAGCGGGAGCAGCGGCACCUUCCCCCGGCGAAGAGCCAAGUUAAAUAGCCAGCGCCACGUCGCCGCCUUCCUCUUCCCUCCCGGCUCCGAGCUCUCGGCGAACGCCCCCGUGCCACCCCGCCCCGCCCGGCCGCGGGCGGCGGAGGGCAGCGCGGAGCCAGCCUGCCCCUCGGAGCCAGCCUGCCCCGGACGAGCCGGGACGCCGGCGCUGCCGGGAGGGGCGGGCGCUUGGGAGUCGGUGCCGGAGGCGCCGCGUCCCGCCGAGCCGCCCGACUGAGAGGACUACGCCAGCUGCAUGGGAGGAGAUGAGCGUGGCGGGGAAGCAGCCUCCUCCAGCACCGCUCGAGCGGCCCGGCAGCCUCCUCGUCCCCACCUGGACUAAAACUGGUAUUGCAUUGUUGUAUGAUGAAGUAUCUGAAAAUGCUUAUGACAUCCGACUGAAGCUUACAAAAGAGGUAUUAACAAUUCAAAAACAAGAUGUCGUCUGUGUUAGUGGAAGUGAUCACAGUGCAAAUCACAGAACUGUUACACUUCAUAGACAACCAGUUGGUGGCUUGGGCUUAAGCAUAAAGGGUGGUGCUGAGCACAAAGUGCCUGUCGUCAUAUCAAAAAUAUUUAAAAACCAAGCAGCUGAACAGACAGGAAUGUUAUUUAUAGGAGAUGCAAUAAUACAGGUUAAUGGUAUAAAUGUAGAAAGUGCUACCCAUGAAGAAGUGGUACACCUACUGCGAAAUGCUGGCGAUGAAGUUACCAUCACAGUUCAAUACCUCAGGGAAGCUCCAUCAUUUUUAAAGCUCCCAUUAGGUUCCCCUGGACCAUCCAGUGAUCACAGCAGUGGAACUUCAUCACCUCUCUUUGACAGUGGCUUACAUUUAAAUGGAAACUCAACUAACACGGCUCCAUCAUCACCUUCUUCACCCAUAGCUAAUGAACAAAAAUACGAGAAGCGCUGGCUAGACGCCUUAUCAGUUCCUCUGUCGAUGGCUCGAAUCUCAAGGUACAAAACCGGAACAGAUAAAUUAAGAUCUAAUGCAUUUGAAGUGCUGGCACUCGAUGGAGUUAGUACUGGGAUACUUCAGUUUUAUACAGCCCAGGAGAGUGCUGACUGGCUGAGAGCAAUGUCUACUAACAUCAGUGAUUUGACACUUCAAAAUAUGAAAAUGGCAAAUAAAUGCUGUUCUCCCUCUGACCAGGUCAUACAUAUGGGAUGGGUAAAUGAGAGACUUGAAGGAACUGAUUCAUCUCAGCUCUACAAAUUCAAGUUUCUGGCCCUGAAGGGUUCAUCCUUCUACAUUUUCAGCACUCCACCGGUGAGCACACUAGAUUGGGUACGAGCUGAAAAAAUCUAUAACCUCUGUGAGGUUCUAUUUAAAAUUCACAAGCUCUGGCUUGCUGAUGAUUGCUGGCUACAAGCAAACUUGUAUUUAGGUAUUCACCAGGACUUUGAUCUUGAAGACCAGAGACCAUAUUGUUUCAGUGUUAUGGUUGGACAUGGCAAGAGCCACUAUUUCAACGUAGAGCUGGGCAGUGAAUUGGCAGUGUGGGAGAAAUCAUUCCAAAGAGCAAUUUUCUUGGAAGUUCAAAGAACAGGGUCUAAAACAUAUAUGUGCAGUUGGCAAGGGGAUACCCUCUGUUUCACAGUCGACUUUGCUCUAGGAUUUACCUGUUUUGACAGUAAAACGAAGAAUGUGCUGUGGAGGUUUAAAUUCUCUCAGCUCAAAGGCUCAUCAGAUGAUGGGAAAACGAGAGUAAAGCUGCUUUUUCAAAAUAUAGACACCAAACAAAUUGAGACAAAGGUAAGCAACAUCCUCUUUUUCAAUUUAGUUAAACAUGACACAAAAUUACCGUUAAGGCAUCAGAAAUCCCAUUUACUGGGACACAGAUAUGGUAAACACAUCACAGCUUAUCAUUUUUUGCCAAUUCUUUAGAAA